AGGUCAGAUCCGUCGACAUGCAGAAUCAAAUUAUCUAUUAAUCUAUUACAACGACUCAUAACUGUUUUUACCGUGGUCUACAUCGAUAACAACAAAAAUACGCGCACUUCAUCUAGCACUCGAAUUUUGGUACAUCUCUUGCACUUGUUUGCCGUUCUUUUGUUUCUUCGGCGUCACUCUCAUAGCAAUGUUGAUACGUUGUGCUUCGCGACCCUUAGCGCUAGGGGCGAGGGCGGUAUCCGCGAGUUCCUCGAAACCGUGUGCAGGGGCAGCCGCGGUGUCGAAGAGGGAGGACUAUUACAAAACGUUGGGCGAGCAUGUGGACGAGUCUAAGCCUCCCGGUUGGGAUUCCGCUCGACCUUUUGAGGAAAUUCCCGGCCCCAAGCCGCUGCCUAUUGUGGGAAAUUUGCUGAGGUUCAUGCCUUUUGUCGGGGAGCUGUACAAGAUUCCAAUCUUGGGGAUGUUCCAAAA